UUAAAUUUUAAAUAUCUCGUUUCUAGUUAUCACUGAAUUUUUUCGCACAAAAAUGGCUACACAGUCUAGUUUUGAUAAUAUUGAAGUUGAACCACUUCUAUUACCUAGUUCACCCUCUUUUCAAAAUAAAAAAGUAUGGUAUAAAACGCCUUCAGCAUAUUGGUUAUUACCAAUGUUUAUUGUAGUAUCAAUAACUAGUGGACUAACUAUAGCAGCGGAAGUGCAGCUAUAUUUAAGAACAGUAUGUCAUUAUUAUUACUCAAGAAACGGAAAUUUCACUUCUGAUUUUUCAUUUUCUUCAAUAAAUGAUACUGAUAAAGAUUGUAAUAAUGCUGAUGUGCAAGCAAUAACUUCACGUUUUCUUAUGGCUUUGAAUCUAUGUUCUGCUAUUCCAGCUAUAUUUGUUCUUGGCCCACUUGGAACAUUAUCAGAUAGAAAAGGACGUAAAAGAACUUUAUUAAUAUCAACCACAGGAACAAUUCUAAGCACAUUAAAUUUAUUAUUGGUCGGGAACUUUUUAGAUACAUUCGGAAUAUAUUUCUUCUUAGUAGGAUCAGUAGUAGAAGGAAUGACUGGUGGAUUCUUUUCAUUAUCCGAAGCAAGUUAUGCAUACGCAACAGAUUGUACUUCAUCAACACGAAGGAACGUGAUAUUUGGAUGGAUACAAGGAGCUAUGUUUGCAGGAUUUUCAAUAGGACCAACGAUUGGAGGGUGGAUAGUGAAAAUCACGGACAAUUUACUUUCAGUAUAUUAUGUAAAACUCGUUAUAAAUAUCAUGCUAUUUUUCUUUUUUCUUUUUAUUUUACCUGAAUCUUUAACAGAAGAAAACUUAUUGACAAAUUUAAAACGACAACGAGGACUAAAUUCAACGAUCAGUACAAAUUCAUGGAUUAAUUCUUUCAUUUCUUUAUUUUAUAAUAUAUUUGGACCAUUAGCGAUAUUUCUUCCAAAUGAUAAUUCAAAACAACAAAAUAAUAAUGAUAAGGUUCCCAUUGUUUUUUUCACAAAAUAUUCAUCAUUAUCAUUAGCAAUUACAUAUACUUUAUUAUCAGCUUCUAUAAUGGCUAUGACGAAUAUAUUUUUAUUAUACACAUCAUUAGUUUUUAAAUGGUCAUUAUUAGAACAAGGUUAUUUCAUAUUUAUACAGAGUGUGACAAAAGUAUUUGUCUUAUUUAUUUUAUAUCCUAUAUUAGUAAAAUUCAAAAAAAGAAUUCUUUCCUUGUUAUCAAAAUUCCAAAAGAUUCUUUCAAAAAAUUUAGGAUAUAACAUUAUACAAGGAAGAGUUGUUGAAGAAAACCAAAUGAGAAAAGAAUUAAUAUUUGAAGUUUGGGUUAUUAGAUUAGUAUUAUUAAUUGAUGCAUUGUCCCAUGUCGCGUAUGGUCUAGCGACAUCUGGUUCAGUGUUCAUCGGAGGUAACAAAUCAAUUUUAUAAAUCACCUUUCGUUCAUCAAUAUUUUAAUCUAUUUUUCUCUGAAUUUUAUAGUUACUAUAGUAUCGGCAUUAGGUAUAAUAACUACCCCUGCGAUAAAAUCUUUACAGACCAAUUUAGUGCCCCCAUCACAAAUAGGUCGAUUAUUGGGUGCAAUAAGCGUAAUAGAUUCAAUCCUUCGUAUUAUUGUUCCUCUUAUAUUUGAUAAUUUAUAUUCUAUACUAGUUAAAAAAUUUCCCAAUUUAAUCUGGUAUUUUAUUUCUGCUUUGUUAUUUGCUGGCUGUUUAUCCUCUUUUGGUGUAGGUCCUAAAUAACAAUAUAUUGUAAAAACAUUUUUUAUAA